AUGCCGAAGAACUACGGAGAAUACCAGACAGAGAUAUACGGCCAAGGCGCCCUGAUGGGCCUUAAGCCGAACGUCACCACCGAUCCGCGUUUACUGGAAGAGCAGGCCCGGAAGGCUUUAAGCGACAUUGCCUAUAACUAUGUUGCUGGAGGCGCUGGAGAGAAGGCUACUAUGGAUAGUAACCGUCUGGCGUUUCGACAGUGGAAGCUAAUCCCAAAAAUGCUGAGGAAGAUGGAUACGCAAGACCUUAGCGUGAACCUCUUCGGGCAACAUUACCCAACGCCCCUUAUCAUGGCACCCGUCGGUGUGCAAGGCCUAUUCCACGCAGACAAGGAGACAGGUCUUGCAGAGGUAUGCGCUGAGACAGAAGUCCCGUAUACCCUCAGCACGGCGAGUACGAGCUCCAUUGAAGAAGUUGCGAACGCCAGCGGAGACGGCAAGCGGUGGUUCCAGCUCUACUGGCCCGGUGACGACGAGAUCACACUCUCCUUGCUGAAGCGGGCAAAAGAGAACGGAUACUCUGUCCUCGUGGUUACACUAGACACCUGGUCUCUGUCCUGGCGACCGGCGGAUCUCGACAACGCUUACAUCCCGUUCAUCCGCGGGGUCGGAAACCAAAUCGGCUUCUCAGACCCGGUGUUCCGCGCAAAGUUCGAGAAGGAGAGCGGCGGGAAGGUUGAGGACGAUAUUGUCGGUGCGUCUAGGGCCUGGAUCGGCAACGUUCUGUCCGCAGAACCUCACGUCUGGGACCAGGUUUCGUUCUUGCGUAAGAACUGGGAUGGGCCGCUUGUGCUUAAGGGUAUUCAGCAUGUAGAUGAUGCUAAGCUUGCGCUUGAGGCUGGCUGUAAUGGUAUCGUGGUUUCCAAUCACGGAGGUCGUCAAGUCGAUGGGGCUAUUGCCUCCUUGGAGGUGCUCCCGGAGAUCGUUGAUGCGGUCGGUGAUAAGCUGACUGUGCUCUUUGAUUCUGGGAUCCGAACCGGCGUCGAUAUCAUCAAGGCUCUAUGUCUCGGAGCCAAGGGCAUCUUGGUCGGGAGACCAGUGAUCUAUGGCUUGUCAGUCGACGGCAAGAAUGGUGCCAAAGCCAUCCUCAAGGGUCUUCAAGCCGACCUGUGGCAGAGCAUGUCAUUGGCUGGGAUCUGUACCGUGGCAGAGUGCACCAGAGACAAAAUCAGGAAAAUUCAAUAUCCUGGCGAUACGAAGGCCAUGUUGUGA